GUCUGCACCACACACACUCCUGCUCCUAACUUUAUGGAGCACCUGCAAGCAGAAGGCAAAAUGAAGAGCUUUAAUGAGUCAUCUGUGAUAGAAACAAAUGAGGAAGACGACCUCCAGAAAUACGAAACUAAUUCAAAAGCAUCCCUUAAUAUGAUCCCACUUCUGCUGGACUCGUGGAAACCAUGCAGAGGGCCCCGCGCAAACGUCAAAGAGUUGCUGCUGAAGCUGAGAGAAUGUUUGGGAAGCGUCUGUGGGAUUCAGUGGUACGGCUUUGCCAUGUUGGGCGUUUUGACAGCCAUCCUCAGUUUCCUUAUGGACCUCAGUGUCGCAAAGCUGCUGCGAGCUCAUCAGUGGCUCUAUGGGAAGCUGGAAGGCCACAUUCUGCUGCAGUUUCUCUGCUGGACACUAUACCCAGCAUGCCUCUGUGCUUUUGCAUCAACCUUCUCCCAUAACAUCUGUCCCUUCUCUACAGGCUCUGGGAUACCAGAGGUGAGAACCAUGCUGGCUGGCUUUGAAAUGCCUCAUUACAUAUCUCUCACUAAUAUGUUCGCCAAGGUUCUUGGUCUUACCUGCACACUUGCUGCUGGCAGCACCGUUUUCCUCGGCAAAGUUGGUCCGUUCGUGCAUCUUUCCACCAUGUCAGGAGCCUACUUGGACAAGCUUUUCAGUCUCAUUCAAGGAAAACAGAAGGAGGAGGCUGGAACAGAAAUGCUGGUGGUAGCUGCUGCAGUUGGAGUAGCGAGCUGCUUUGGAGCUCCCAUCAGCGGCGUGUUGUUCAGCGUGGAGGUGAUGAGCUCUCACUUUGCCCUGAGGCAUUACUGUCCGUGUUUCUUCUCCGCUGCCUGUGGGGCUCUGACCUUCCACCUGCUCUUUGUGUGGAGCGGAGAUGGAGAGACUCUUCAGGCGUUGUUCAAAACCAAUUUUUCCAACGCUUUACCUUUCUACCCGCUGGAGAUCCUGGUCUUUGCUUUCCUGGGGCUGCUGUGUGGGGUUCUGAGCUGCUGCUACCUCUUCGGCCACCGCUGGAUCCUAAAGUUCACCAAGACGAACAGGGUCUGCUCAAAGAUGCUGACAACAGAGAAGGGUCUGUACUCUGGUCUCGUUGUUUUCUUUCUGGCAUCGCUGACGUUUCCCCUCUCUGCCGGUCAAUACAUGGCUUCCAAGCACACCACAAAGAAGCUCCUCACUUCCCUCCUGGACAGCAGACAAUGGAGCGCUCAGUCCCAUAAUGCAUCUGUGCAACAGGAACGGGAAUCGCUGGAGUGGAGCUCGUCAGGGAACUCCAUUUUCCUGUCGUUGGCUUUCUUUCUACUCAUGAAGUUGUGGAUGCUGGUCCUGGCCUGCACGCUGCCCCUGCCAGCCGGAUACUUCAUGCCAGUCUUUGUCUUGGGAGCAGCUAUGGGCCGUUUGCUUGGUGAAGGAGUCGCCUACAUGUCGUCCGGUGGAGAGAUUUUAGGACAACAGUUGACCUCUGUAAAUCCUGGAGGCUAUGCUCUUGCAGGGGCAGCUGCCUUCUCUGGGGCUGUCACCCACACAUUGUCCCCGGCUCUUCUGGCUAUUGAGUUAACAGGUCAGUUCAGCCAUGCUGUACCCAUCCUGCUGUCCACUCUGGUGGCCAAUGCCGUGGCACGCUCCGGGGACCGUCCGUCCUUCUAUGAUGCCCUGUCUAUCAGUAAGAAGCUGCCACACCUGCCUUCGCUGAAGAAGGCAUGUCCUCAACUUCCCUCUACACCACUCGGGCAAGUUCUGGGAGCAAACUCGGUGCAGCUUCAGAAAGCAGCUGGGCCAGCAGAGGUUCAGGCCGCUGUCAGCAGCAGCAGUGAAGCACAAAUCCCUGUGGUGGACUCCAACGAGUCGCUGUGUUUUUUGGGCUUUGUUCUGCGAUCGGAGCUGCUGCUGUUCCUGCACCGCUGUCAGACUGAGUGCAUGGAGGCACGGCUGGAUGAGGUCUGCAGCAUACAUCCAAACUCAAUCGUGGUGUCGCCUCACAACACCGUAGAGGAGGCCUACGGUAUACUGAGCGUAGCUGGAGCUCAGACUUUAUUUGUGGCCGAGAGUGGAAAGCUAGUGGGACAAAUCACACGAUCAGAGAUGAAGCAAAUACUGGAGAGCCUGGCUAAAGAGAUCUGAGCAGAAUCAGCAUGGGACCAACUCUUCCUGUGACAAUAAAUAACCUGAUAUGAAUGCAUCAUUAUUUUAUUUGGGUAUAACAAAGCCUACAUCUGAUAAUGAUAUCACUUCUUCAUUCCCCAAGUGUAAAGAUGGUUGCACAUGAGCAAAACUGUAAUCGAUUGGUGGCUCAGAUGGUAAAUAUUCAUUAAAGCUUUUUUGUCUUUGCCUUUAAUUGUAAUAAGCGGCUCCAGAGAGGGUCCAGAGAGGAGACAGCAUAUAAUUUCAUUCACUGAUCUGUGCCUUUUUUUACAUGGCAAUAAUAGAAGUACUAGUGCCCACAAUAAUGUUCUGUGGGCAUGGAAAAAAGCCCUUUUUAGUAGUUUAUUUACCAGUUGCCUAAAAAAUAAGAAAUAAAAACAAAAAUGU